AUGGGAAUUGACCUCAAUUAAAGAAAACUUUAGUAUAAUGUAUAUUUAAAUUUAGUACAUUGGAACAUCCAAAACCUAUAGAUUAUGAUCAUGAAGCUUGUGCCAUUGCAACUUUGAUUUUAAGUUUUAUAAUUAUAAUCAUUUUGGCAGGAUUUUAAUACUUAAAAAAAGAGAAUCAUUAGUAGAUAUAGCAGUAGCCACUUUAGUUGGAUUUAUUUUUGGAUAAGGAUUAGCAAUAUCUGGUAUGGUAAAAAGAAGCAAAAUAAUUGGAUUCUUAGCAAUAAAUGAAAGAUGAGAUCGUAAUAAUAUUAAUUUAAGUUUUAGCUACCCUUAUUUUUGUUAUGGUUACUCCAGUAGUUAUUAAUUUCUUUGCUUUUAGAGCUAAAGAAAAACCAUUUUUAAACUCUAUAUAUGAAAUUCCAACUAAUAAUAUCAUAGAUUGGAAAUUAGAAAGUGGGGCUACAAUUUUUGAAUUUGGCUGGGGAGUUGGUGGAUUUUGUCCUGGACCUGCCUUUGCACUUUUUCCAUAGUUUACUGUUCAUAUCAACAUUCUUUUAAUGGGACACUUGUUAUUGGAUAAUUAUUGGAACAAAUACAAGAUAUAUCGAAAUAACUUGCAGAAACUCCAAGUGA